CUGGAUCUCCCGGCCGGAGGAUCCGCGAAAGCAUGAGCCCACUCACCCCUCAUAGUCGAUGGUUUUAAUGAUGAACCCCAACGUCGGGCUGACUGUGUUGACAUCCUCGUUCAUCACCCUCUUGACGAUGGUAGUUUUGCCCGCAUUGUCCAGCCCUCUAGUCGUCUAGCCAUUAGUCGUGGACUCCUAAAAUAGCGGCGAUGGUGAUAUGAUUAUGCUUACAGCAUCAGGAUCCGCAUCUCCUUAUCCUUCAACCGGGCCUUUCGGAGGAUCGACAACAUCCUCGGCUAGCUUCUCGGAUUUACCUAGGUGCUAUAGCCUUUUCCCGUGGGCAUGGAUACGCUGAAAAAAAGCUCCUUUUGUGUCCGGCCUAGAAACGAUGUUGGCAAAAGCCAAUGCAUAGGGGUGUUUGACCACGGACUGAAAGCCAGUGACGGCUCGCUCUAUUGGCGCCUGAACUUGUAUUCGCCCGUUGCCUACUCGCAGCACGUGAUGUCUCAACACACAACAAUACAGACAGAAAAUCAAUCGUCGUCAUCCUCUGCCAUAUACCAUGUACGGUAUCCUCAGGCUAGGGAGAGCCAUAGGUGGGUUAGGCGCCCUCUCUACUCGUUGUCACGGACUUGCCUAACUUUCUGGUGCGUUAUGUGCUUCUUUUGUAUUGGUUUUAAUUAUUAUGCCCAGAGCAUGGUAGGAGGGAGGCAAUGCAGAUUACCUACCCAGCUUCGUCAGAGAAGACACAACAGCAAAGCAAUAAUCCAUCUAUCCAGUUCUACCUCUCCCCCCUCCCCCUCUGCUUCUCUCUCUUUUGCUCUCCCCCAAUAUUCACCUUUUUUUUUCUCCACCAUAUCUGCAGACUUCCCUUUUGGCCCCUUCGCAGGGGUCUCUGUCUUCAAGGUCAAGACUUGCAUUUGCUGAUGAAUACUCAUAGAUGUCUUGCCUUACGGUCCCCCCUUCCCCCCCACAUAUUCGCAUUU